UAAGUCUCUAAAUUCAAAUUAGUCCAAACAUAAACAUCUCAAAGCAACUAGAUUCCAUAACCGGAUCAAGUAAUCGCAUAUAAAUCGGUCGUUUGAGCAGGUUGGAUGGGAUUACUCAGCACUCAGCAGAGUGCAAACUGCGAAAUUCGGAUCAAAUAAAAAAGCAGAACAAAAAUUGUAUUUUCAACUUUACCCUUCUUCCGAUCAAUUUCUUUGCGCAAAUUCAAAGAUUUGUCAUUUAUACGGAACAUUUUUUGCUUUUCUUUCUUGGGUUUAUGGGGAAAUCACUUCCACAUCCAACAAAGCUCAAAACUUUUGCGAAUUUUAUCGGCUCAGACAGCUUCCCCCGCCGCCGCGCCGCCCAGGCCAAACCCGGGUAUAAACCCCGCCCACUGCCGCCCGCCGGGGAACCAAAGCUCAAGGGGCAGAUCAGAGUCAUAGAAGCAUCAUCUUCGGAGCGGCGGCUGGGGAGGUAUAAGAUGGAGGAGAGUGCUGUUUCCACUUCCUCGUCGGAGCACCGCCGGGUACCGCUGGCCGACGUGGUGACUGACUGCGUUAGACGGUGGUUCCAGGACACCCUCAAGGAGGCCAAGUCCGGCGAUAUCUCCAUGCAGGUCCUUGUGGGUCAGAUGUACUGUAGUGGGUAUGGCGUACCCGUAGAUGCCGAGAAGGGAAGAGCAUGGAUAAGCCGGGCAUCAAGAACGCGUUCUUCAGCAUGGAAAGUCAGUGAUAAACGCCCAGGAUAUAACAUUAGUGAUUCAGAUUCUGAUGAUAAUGCUGUCGAAGCUAAAUGAGAGCAGCAAUGCCUGAUCUUGGGAAAUUCAAACAAGAAAUUUCAUUUGCAUUUCAUGCACCACCAUCUGCAGUCCCGUUCAUUGGCAAACUAGUGUUAUCUAUCACCCUGAGCUCCUCGGGCUGUCGCUUGAUUUGUUUGUAUUGCCUCUUGUUUUCGUUUACAUAAUCCAUAUCAUCAUUAUAUCUGAAAUUUCUCUGUUUUUACAUUUCAAUUUGGUGGUUUAUGUUUGUUGUUGAUGAAUUUAUAUUAUAUUUUCUGGCCAAAAGAUUUUUUUUUUGUAUUGUUCAUCGCCGCCUAUUCCUUAAACGU